GCGACGCACGUCCACACAUCCAGAGAUUGACAGAAGGAGGGAAUAUGCUGCACAUGCAACAUAUGAUAUAUUGAGGAGCCUUUCUGUGUUUUUUGAGGGGGGCUGGGGGGAGGGUGGUCCACAUCCGCGCGGUGCUCCGAAGUGAUCGAUUCGGAUGUGCCGCAUGACUUGCCGGUCUCGACUUGUCUCAUCCUCAUGGCCGCUGAUUGAACGCGUGUCAUGACUUGCGCCCUCCGAGACGGCACAGUUGCAAGCAAAGACAGCAGCAGUCGGCGCCAGCAUCUGCACAAUCUGCUAUCCGAACUCUCAACCAUCAAAUGAUCCCUUUUUCGAGCGGGGGGGACUACAUUUGGAGAAAGAAGAAAGACGGAAGCAAAGAAAGAAAGAAGAUCGCUGAAGAAUGGAGCGUCACUGUUCAUAGAAGACGAAGGUGUUGGACUCACGAAGGGCACAUUUGUUUGUAAAAGAGGACAAUGGUGAAGAUAUUGGUGUGAAGAAGCGAGCGGAAUCCCAGAGGCGACACCAUGGUCAUCACCGAUAGAAACGCAGGCGGCGCUGUGUCCAAGAAGGAGCAACCCAAGGAGAAAAAGCGGCGAGCAUCUCGUCCUCACGGCCUACCCUCUCCGGCCCUGUGCUGCGCCUGCGGCCUGUGCAUCAUGCUGGCCGGACUCAACAUCACCCUGGUGGGAGUGUUCGCCUUCCGGACCCUGGUGCCUUCUGCCAACCCUUCCAUCAUCAUCGGACCCAUCCUGCUGCUGGUGGCCUUCUCCUUUUUUGGGGCUUGUUGCGUGUGUAGCCGCCUUCCUCCUCCUCACAGCUCGCGCGGGGCCAAGACGGGCGGGCGAGGCAUGAACCUGAUCGGGAACGGCGGGCUGGCAGGCGGGGCGGCGUUCGAGAUAGAGACCAGCGAGCAUACGCUGCAGGACACGACGGCCGUGCAGCUCAGCCCCACGUCCUCCCCCGCGUCGUCCCGGGGAUUGAGCCCGGAAAAAGAGGCUCCUGGUGCGUCCCUGCCUGGUACCGCCAAGCUCUUCACCAUGGACAACAACGGCUCACCCGGUUCUAUUGGCGUGGUCUACUCAGCUGUCUCGGGAGGAGAGGUUCAGCUCAACCUGCCAAGAGAAGUGGCCACCUCGCCGUAUACAUAACCUACUUGUUGACUGAGUGUUACUUCUUGUAUGACUAAGCACGGGGUACAGACAUGGCAAUUUUUCACACCUUGGCCAAUUUUGAAACUGUCAGAGAACCUGCAUGGCAAGGAAAAAUUCAGCUACUGUGUUGUAACCGCUCUUAUUGUGUAUGUCAAACAGCAUAUCCAUAUUUCCUCCGACAAUUUUGAGUGCCCUCUUCCAAACAACCAAUGAAAAAUACCAGCUGCAUCAGGUCAUCAUUAACUAAGCGCUUGUCAAACAAAAACGCAGUCAUGUCAUGUCCCCUGGUCCAGCGAAGAGUGUGGAUUCCCAGGCUAUAAAAACAAGGCUGUGUGGGUAAUUUACCGGUUUUCACUCUUUCAAAUUUACACUGUCUCAGAGUAGGUUGUGUGCCAUCAUCUAGUGGUCAUGAACAAAAUUAUGGCCAGAGUACAUGUACUUAAGAUCAAGGCUGCCCAUUACGUCGAUCGCAAUCGACCGGUAACUCGCGUACUGGACCGAAGUCGAUCACGAGGAGUGUAGAGGAAAACAAACA